GGCAGACUGGUUCCUCCUGGACAGCCGGACAGUUCGCCACGCUGCCAUCGGCUUGUUCUGCUGCGGGGUCUCAGUCUAUUUAACAGCUCUUGCCAUCUACAUGCUGCUGCUGUUUGAACUGGAGGCCGGCAUUGCCAGCGCUUGCAUCCUCUCCUCUGGCAUCAUCGUCCUCCUGAUCACAGUGACCCAUGCCCUGGUCCGGGCUUCCCAGGCUUCGCGCUGCAGCCGCUCCGAGGUCUCUCACACCCUGUACGAGAACGACUCAGCCCAGCACGGCGAAUCCUCCGCCAGUGACCCGAACAAGAAGAACACGGCUGCGUCCUGGCCCCGGCCUGAGAUCCAUCGGGAGUUUUCCUUCCCUUCUUUCCUAGAGCAGAAAUCCCAGCUGGGCUCUGCGGCCAGCAGCAACCUCACCUCCUCAGGCAGCCCUGAGCGUCGCUCUGAGAAGGAGAGUUACAACCUUCCCCGCACGCACCGGACGCUGUCGGCAGAGUCAGGCCUGCUGCAGGCACAGGGCAAGCCCUGGAAUGGCAUCACGCAGGAGAUGAGGAAUGUGCUGUCACGCAAACCUGGAGCUGCGGGCAAGGACUCGACUCUGGUGUAA